UUCUUUCUUUUCAUGAUUUUCUUCUUUGCGUGGUUCGAAUUUCACUCCUCGCCAGAACCCUAUUGUUACGCCGAGAUUGUUCCGAAGAGAAUUGAGCUCCUUCAAACCCUUGCACACAACGAUUGCAUCCGCUUACCCUGUUUCCAAGCUUCCCAGCAAUUCCAGCACCUCCACCCAAGGUCUCUCUCUCUUUAUUUCCUCCAUUACAGUGCUCUGUCUACGGAAGCAGCGCAUAUUUUCUCUCUCUAGGAUAUCGUUUCCUAUUAUCAUGGACGGUGAUUCUUCUAUAUACGUUUUUCAAUUUCCUUUUCGUUUUCUGUGUUAACAAUAAAUACUAAGCCACUUCAUGGACCAGAAGAUGUGCUGGGUAGUUAGGGGAGCAAGUGUAAGCAUUCGUACCGUGUAAUCUUCGAUUUUAAGCAUCUGGGGAAGAUGUAAGUGUAGGUCUAACUGAAAUCUUUAGCUGCCUCUAAUGGACAAAGGCACUGGUUGCAGCUUCUCUAAUGUGGCUUCAAUUGCUACCUUUUCAAGUGUCAUUUUUGUUGUCACCUUGAUCUUGGUUCGUGUCCUUUAUGUCAUUUACUGUAGCAGCAGGCCCAUGAGCAAAAGAACUUCAAAACCUGUUAGUACCCUUAUUAUUUUAGGAUCAGGUGGUCAUACUGCUGAGAUGCUUAAUCUAUUGGCAGUGCUACAGAAAGAUAGGUUUUAUCCAAGAUUCUACAUUGCGGCUGCUACUGAUAACAUGAGUCUUCAAAAAGCUCAGUUGCUGGAGAACUCCCUGGCAGCUGAGAAUGGAACAAGGGUUACUGAUACUGCACGGUUCAUGAAGAUAUAUAGGAGUAGGGAAGUUGGUCAAUCAUAUGUAACCUCAGUUUGGACUACUUUAGUUGCAAUGGUGCAUGCACUAUGGUUAAUGAUUAAAAUUAGACCUGAAGUGAUACUUUGCAAUGGACCUGGAACUUGCAUUCCCCUCUGUGCGAUUGCAUUCAUAUUUAAGAUACUGGGAAUCAGAUGGUCAUCAAUUUUCUACGUUGAGAGUAUUGCAAGAGUGAGAAGGCUCUCCUUGAGUGGCUUGCUCCUGUACAAGUUGCGGAUGGCUGAUCAACUUUUUGUUCAAUGGCCACUGCUGCAACGACAAUAUCCCCAAGCUACCUAUGUUGGUCGACUCAUGUAACCAAUUGGUUCCUUUAAUAUCUGUUAAGAGAAUUUUGUAUGCUGAAUUAAUCAAGGAACUUGUAAUUUUGCUUGUGAUAAUUAAGAAAGAUUGUUACAAGCAAACUGCCCCAUGCUUCGUUUAAUUGGAUUAGUUAAU